AGUAGAACUACAUGAGAAGUUGCAGUCAAAAGCUCAGGACGUUUGUCUCCUCACUUUGGCUGCUCUGACAACAUGGAGCAUCUGGACAACUCCACCCAAAGCUCCACCCAAAGCUCCACCCAAAACUCCACACGCCUCCACCCGAGCGCACAGGUGGCGCAGGGCGGCGGAGGGAAGGCGUACCUGUACGUGUUAAUCGUCAUCUCCUUCUACGCGGUGUUCCUCUGCGGCAUCAUGCUGGGCUACUUCCACUCCAAGAGGAAGGAGAGGAGGAGGACCAACAUCUUCACGCGCCUGGUGCACGAGGAGGAGCAGCGAGAAUGGGGCGCCCUCCCGAAGAAGCACAGUCUGGCCUCGCCCGGGGUGGACGAUGUCACGGGAACACGGCCGGUGAGGUUGACCUUGCCGUUCUGCGGUAACCACAGCAACCAUCAGCUCCGUCACGAGGGCGUGCUGCCCUCACCGUUGGCGUGCGCUCUGUGCACGGAGCAAAGUAGCGUCAGCUCCCUGUGCUCGUCUGCGGACACGCGAUUGGCCAUCGAGGAGGAGGAGUCGGACAGCGGCACCGGGGAGGGUCCGGAGGAGACUCUGAAGGGGCCAUCAGAGAACAGUGGGGAAGACUCGGGAUGAAACACGGGUGAUAGAAUGCGGCGGCCAUUUUGAUACUUUCCGUUGUGUUCCAAAAAGGACGUAUUUAAAGACGCUUCCCUUUGGUUUGCAUUAUUAUUAGUUAUUGAUAAGCUGAUCAACAUUUCUUUUGUUGUCUAGAAUGUGCCAAUAAAAAACAAGCUGUGGGCCACAAAUCACCCAUGGGCCGCAUUUUGGACACCCCUGGAAUAGCGGAUGCAGUCUGGAUAUAUUAUACUCACAUAUAUUAUAAAUAAACAAUUUAAAAAAACAAAAUAAAAAGAUAAAUAAUAAAUUAGUCAUUUACAUAAAAACUACAAAAAAAUCAAAUAUAUUAACAUAAAUAAAUUAAAAAUUGUCAUGUUUCUCUAAUAUGUCAUGCUUGUGUUCAGACUGUACCAUUUUAUGAUCAUACUUGGCCAAAUGUAUCAUAUCAUAAUUCCAUAAGGGACAAGUAGUACAAGCAGAAUUAUUCAUAUCCAUUUUUAUCUAACACAGCAUAAUUUUAAUAAGAUUCAAUUGUGUCAUACAUGCGUUUUAAAUACAUUCAUAAUGAUGUUUUUGGAAUAGUGUACAUGAGACGCCAUGGAAAAUGUUAUAUCUGCAAAGCGUCAAAGCACUGUAGAUAUCCUGGAAUAUCAUUGAUGGGGGGCCACCAUGUUUUUAUAUACAAACACAACAAUAUAUCACAUACCCCCCCACACGCACCCCCUGCUGUGGGCUGAUGACUCAUCCUGCAGGGCAUGCUGGGAAAGGGCUGUUGGAGUGGAACUGUUCAAACAACCUGGGAAACACUUGAAUGAUUACUGAUUAUUAGUCAUUCCUAGUAUGAUUAUUAAUAGCUAAUAAGCCAGUCUGGCAGCUGUUGGCGCUUCCUGAUCUGCAAUCUGCCAAUCAGGGAUGUACAUUUAGAUGAUCUUUGAUGAUAAUGUCAUACGCAG